UAUAAAAGUGUAGGCGUUUGGUGGUAGGCAUCACAUUCCAAGGUUUGCUUCUGAGGUGUACUGUAGCGAACUAACAAAACAUAGCGAUGUCUCGUUUUACGAUUCUCUUUGUCAUCGCUUUGGCGUAUGAAGCUUUCGGAGAAGGUGUGAAGAAAGACACCGUCGCUACUGAUUCAAAUGCUGAGCAGUCUGGACUUUACGGUUCUAUCGCCGGGCACGGCCUGAUCGGCGGCGGCGGCCUCUACGGCGGCCCGGCCAUCGUCGCCGGCGGCCCCGGCCUUAUCGCCGGCGGCCCCGCCAUCGUCGCCGGCGGCCCCGGCCUCAUCGGCGGCGGCGCCCUCGUGGGCAGCGGCCAGGCCCUCAACAACGCCGCCGCCGUCGGCGCGGCUCAACUCAGCGCCAUCCAAAACGCUCAGGCCGUCCAGGCCGCCAACAUCGCCAACGCGGCCGCCGCCGCUAUCCAGGGAGCUCGUGUGACCGAAGGUGCCGCCCGUGCCGGACAAGUCAACGCUAUCAACAACGCCAGGGCUUUGGAGGCGGCGCGCAUCGCCAACUUGCAGAGGGCUCAGGCCGCCGCUUACGAGAACGCUAGGGCCGUAGAGGCCGCGCGCAGCGCCGCCGCUGGAAGCGCUAUUGAAGCCGGCCGCGCCGCGGAGGCUGACCGUCUCGCCAACGCCGCCCGCAUCCAAGGUCUGGCUAUCGCUCAGGCGCGCGCCGUGGAAGCGGCUCGCAUCGCCAACGCCGCCCGCGCGCAGGCGUCCGCCGUCGCCGCUAGCGCCGCCCAGGCUCAGGCUGUCGCCGACGCGGCCGCCCGACAGGCCCAGGCUGGAGCUCUCCUGCUCGGCGCCGGCGGCGUUGGUGUGGUAGGCGUAGCGCCGGUGGCGGUCGGCGGGCUCGGUCUCGGCGGCGGGGUGGCUGUCGGAGGCCAGGUGGCGGUGGGAGGCCCGGUGGCCGUGGCAGGCCCGGUGGUGGGCUCCCUCGGUCUCGGCGGUCUCGGCGCCUACGGCGGCGGCUGGGGCAGCGGUGCCGGCAAAUGGCACUAAACGAAAAAUUUAAAAAAGAAGCCUCUUGAUUGGACACACACAUAGAUUCUACAUCCAUUUCGACUUUCUCCGUAGAAAUGGUUGGCGGCAGAUCUCAAUACAACACGGUUGGUCAUGUAAAUAUUAAUGCAAAUUUUAUCUUGUAAACCUUCGACUACCUAACAAAAUAAAUAUUACCAUAGCAUAGAG